GCGGGGGAGGGCGCACUGGCCGGGAAGCGGGGCCUGCCUUCCCGAGCAGUGCUCACGUCGUCUCCCUUUUCCUCUUCGCGUCUCCCUUUUCCUCUUCGCGUCUCCCUUUUCCUCUUCGCGUCUCCCUUUUCCUCUUCGCGUCUCCCUUUUCCUCUUCGCGUCUCCCUUUUCCUCUUCGCGUCUCCCUUUUCCUCUUCGCGUCUCCCUUUUCCUCUUCGCGUCUCCCUUUUCCUCUUCGCGUCUCCCUUUUCCUCUUCGCGUCUCCCUUUUCCUCUUCGCGUCUCCCUUUUCCUCGUGCCCUCCCUUGCCUGGGGCUCGCAUCACGCAAGGUAAGAACCGGGACACUGUGUUUAGGUUCCCGUUUGAUUCUUGGAUGCCGAACUUUCAGCAGCUCUCGCUCCUACAACAACGUUAAAUACCCCUUUUCCAAGGCCGCAAAUUGUAUGUGUUGGCUAUAUUUUUUAUUAUGCUAUUUGUGGAGAAUUUUAUGCAAAAAAUGGCACUUAGUUGAUGCUGUGGCUUGCAUGGCCUAGAUGGUCUUUCUUAAGUCGUGUUAACAAGGUAUUUGAACGUAUUGAUUGGUUUUCCGUUUAUUUGGAGCCUUCCACUCUUAAUACUUCUGUCAUUCUUUGUCCUGUAUGCCUGGGUCAAGAUUUUGUGAAGGUGGAUGCUUUCUGUUUGCCAAGAGCCAGUUUUAUACAUCAUGAAACCCUGGACUUGGCCUCUUUGGCACCUUAGUUUCUGCCUGAGGACACAUUACAGUGGCCACAAAUUAAAUAGAAAUUAAUCAUGCUUUUUUUAAAAUUGAGAAAGGGGGUUUUGCUUUCAAAGCUGACAGUUACAACAGUAAGAAAGCAGAUUUUGCUUGCCUUCAAAUUGAUGUUUCUGUUGAAGACAUCUGUAUAACCGUACAGAUUAUAACGACAUUUUCAGCAGAAAGUUCUUAAUUAAUUUAAGAACACCAAAUUGAGCAGUAGGAAGAAUAUAUAAAGAUGCAUUGUGGCUCGCUUUAAUUGACAAAAGUGAUCAUCCAAAAUCUGAUUGAAGCCAAAACUAAAUUCUAUUCAGAUUAUUGGUCGAUGUUUAGGCCAGGAUAUACUUUCAAAAUUAGGGUGUUAAUCUGGUUACUGGAGACUCUGAACUCUUAAAUUCUUAUUAAAAACCCAUUGCCGUCGAGUCGAUUUGGACUCAGCCACCUUACAGGACAGAGUAGGACUGCCCCACAGGGUUCCAGGGAGCACUUGGUGCGUUUGAACGGCCGGCUGACCUUUCGUUUAGCAGCCAGAGCUCUUCACCACCACACCAGCAGGGCUUCCAUUGUUCUUAUUAGGAGUGACUCUGACAGUCAUAGAUUUUUUUUCCCUCAGCUCUGUAGGAAUUUGGCACAUUUGUGAAAUAACUGUUAGAAUGAGUCCCACCUCAUAACUGUUAGUGUGGAUUUUAUUUAUUUUUUGCUGGAAAUUUUCAAGUGAAAUGUGAUUUUUAAGGUGAGAGAAAAGUAAAACCAGUUGGUAUCUUCUCCUGUAUUGGCUCACAUCAUAAAUCCCUUCAAAGCCCCUCAAAGAUGGGGUUAAUCAGCAGGUAAGUCUUGGGAAAACAGAUAGCUUAGUCUCCGUGACACAGAUACAGACAGCUGUGCUGUUAGCUGAGCAGUAAAUGCUCAAGUCAGAACAUCUGGAAUGUUAAGCUUUUGACAUAGGGAAGUUCUGAUAAAGUUUUUUUAAAAGUUCUCUGAAAUCCUCUAGUUUUACAGAUAAAGAAAGUGAACGAUUUUAUGGUGCUUAAACUACUGUAGACAAUUACAAUGAAGUCUGGGCAGUUUUCCUGUUUGCUGCACUUUAGCUUCAGCAACUGUUGGAAGAAACAUAUGUGAAGGCAUCCCCCCCAAAAAACCAACCCACUGCCGUCGAGUCGAUUCCGACUCAUAGCAACCCUAUAGGACAGAGUAGAACUGCCCCAUAGAGUUUCCAAGGAGCACCUGGCGGACUUGAACUGGCGACCUCUUGGUUAGCAGCUGUAGCCCUUAACCACUACACCCCCAGGGUUCAUGCAUUCAUUGCUUAAUCACUCAUACAUUCAAGGUGUUUAGACAGAGUGUCUCACACAUUGUGGGCGCUUUACUUUAGAGGAAGUAAAUGGACAUGAGCUCUACUCUGCCCUUAAGGAGCUUACUGCCCAGUAGAGAAAGAGAUUUGCACAAAGAAAUGACUGUUCAAUGAAAUGGAAACACCUUUUAUUCUUUUGUAGUUAACGGUUUGCAAAUGGCACCAGACACAGGAGUGCAGAAAGUCCCUUUCGGCAAUGCUAAUCCUCUUAGGCUUAAAGAGUAGUUGGCAGCUGAGCUGGGCCUUGAAACAUGGUUAGGACUGACAGAUUAAUAUAGAGCGUUUUGUUUGAGAAAAAGCACAAGUGGAAGGGGGAAGGCAGAGGUGUGGAUGAGCAAGGGUGAGAGGAGAGGUAGGAUCAGCAUUGGGGGCUUUUUAAAAACGCAAGUUCUUGGAUCCUGCCUUACUCAUUGCCAUCAAGUCCGAUCCAACUCAUAGCGACCCUACAGGACAGAGUAGAGCUGCCCCAUGGGGUUUCCAAGGAGCGGCUGGUGGAUUCAAAUUGCUGACCUUUUGGUUAGCAGCCAUAGCUCUUAACUACUGCACCACUAGGGCUCCAGCGUCCUACCAUAGACCUUAUUGAAUCUGAACCCUGAUGGUGGGCCCCACAUUCCCAAGCAAAAUAACAACAAAACUCUCCAGAUUUUCCUAUGCCACAGAGUUUGGACAUCUGGCCCCCACAUGUGAGAGGGGCCUUGAAGAAGCUAAAAGCUACUCUUCCCUCCAGAGUCUUUUUUGGGGAUGGGGAGAAGUAAUGAACCCCAACACCUUGCCUCCUUUGAUAAUCACUUAAGAGUUCCUAACUUAUGUCUCCUUGGCAACAGAGGUUACCGGGAAGACGAGUAUAGCUCCUUAAGAGCCAUCAAAUCAAUGGUUGUUAGAAUUUGAGGGGGACCUUGGAGAUGAUCUCAUUGACUGUUUUGGUACCUUUCCUCAAGCAAGGAUAAAACCCAAAAAAAAAAAAAAAAAACCCCCAGUGCCAUCGAGUCGAUUCCAACUCAUAGCGAUUCUAUAGGACAAAGUAGAACUGCCCCCAUAGAGUUUCCAGGGAGCACCUGACGGAUUCGUACUGCCGACCCUUUGGUUAGCACUUAACCACUACGCCACCAUAAAGAGGCAGCAGUUGCCACGCUCCUGGAUGAAAUGGUAGCUGGAGGUCAUCCGUGGGCUUAUAAAUGCCGUCCUCCGGAUCCCUCCUCAGAUAAUGAAGAGCUGGCUGAACUACUGUUCUCCACUCUUGGAACAUGCUGCUUUUUUUCCUUGGUACAGUAUUAAAGGCAAAUACCAGCUCAUUUGAGGAGGCGGCUUUAUUUCGGAUGUCUCUGUUUUCUUAACUAUGUGAGUAAGCUGCUUAUGAGAAGGAAGAAAUGGUAAAGCUUGUAAUUACCAGGCUUCUACAGAAUAAAUUGCUUUGCUUGUGAGAAAACUAAGGUGUCGUCUGCCUGUAGCAUUCAGUGGUAAGCACAGUGAACUAACUGGGAGCUUUUGAGUUAAUAACCAGGUCUCCAGAACCACAUUCAACACACUUAUAUAUGAACAUUUGCAAACCAUUGGACCUUGCCUAAUGUCUCUCAGCAACACUGAACUUUACCUAGGAAGAAAGCAUAAAUAAGAUCAAUUGAUAUCCGUUGAUCUAUGAGCUUUACUAAAGCCUUUAAAUGUCAAAUAUUACAUUGUGCCACAGGGGAAUUGUGGCAGGAAUUCAGAAGAAAGGGACAUUCUUGUGGUUGGAUUUGUUUGGAAAAGAUGACUUUGAGUAGAUGAAAGGAAGGCAGUUUGAUGGGAGGGAACAGGGUGGGUGGGGCAGGGAGAGAAGACCACACAAUGCCUGGAAGAAGAUGGGGGUGUGGCACAGAGAUAACACCUUCGGAAAAGGGCAUUAUGGCUCUUUGUGUGCUUCUGAUGCCUCCCAGGAAACCCUGGUGGCUUAGUGGUUAAGUGCUGUGGCUGCUAACCAAAAGCCUGGCAGUUCAAAUUUGCCAGGCUCUUCUUAGAAACCCUGUGGGCCAUUUCUACUCUGUCCUGUAGGGUCACUAUGAGUCAGAAUUGACUCUAUGGCAAUGAGUUUUUUUGUUUGUUCAGUGCUCCCCAGAGUCAUUAAAAUGCAGAUUUCUGGACUUUUAAAAUACAGACCUACCUGAAUCAUUUCCUGAGGCGAAGCCUGCAUAAUUGUGUGAUUAACAAGUGCCCCAGGUGAUUCUUUCUGGAAAGCAUUUUACAAGCCCCAUUCUUUCCUUUCCAAAAGUACUUAUCCCUGGCAAGUUUGAGAAACCCUGAAAAGACUCUGGAAGAGUGUUAAGUCCUCUAGGCUUGGGGCCUCAGGCAGUUCUAGAGAUCCUUGAGCUAGACCAUUUACCUCAGUGAAACCAGCCCUUAGGAGUGGAAAGGAAUUAGAGUUAAGUAUUUAUGCCAUUAUGGAAACCCUGUAGUGGUUAAGUGGCACAGCUGCUGACCAAAGGGUCAGCCAUUCGAAUCCUCCAGGUGCUCCUUGGAAACUCUAUGGGGCAGUUCUCUUCUGUCCUAUAGGGUCGCUAUGCGUCAGAAUUGACUCGACAACACUGGGUUUUGUUUUGUUUUUUAUUUAUGCCAUUAUUAUGCCCUGGGUAGUGCAAACAGUUAAAUGCUGGGCUCAAACUCCCCAGAGGUGCCUCAGAAGAAAGGCCUGAUCAUCUACUUCUGGAAGGUCACAGCCAUGAAAACCUACAGAGCACAGUUCUACUCUGAAACACAUAGAAGGAAAAAAACACCUUGUUGCCGUCAGUUGAUUCUGACUCAUAUUGACCCUACAGGACAGAGUAGAACUGCCCCAUAGAGUUUCCAGGGAGCACCUGGUGGAUUAGAUCUGCCGACCUUUUGGUUAGCAGCAGCUGUAGCUUUUAACCACUAUGCCACCAGGUUUUCCAUAGGGUCACCAUAUAUAUGUGUGUGUGUGUGUGUGUAUAUAUAUAAGACAUAGGUUUCUUUGAUGUUUUUUAAGAGAAGUGAGAUGUCUUGGAAGGAGACAGGAAAGUAGCCUCACAGCAUCUGCGUUUGCUGUUAGGAGUCACUCCUGACUAAUCAGCAUUUAUAAGGCCUUGAUGGCCACUUAAAAUGGUUAUCAUUCUUGAAUAAAUACUUAGAGAUCUGCAGGAUGAUAUUCAUGGGUGUCUGGCCUCAUGGUAGACCCACUUGAACUUUCGUGGACAGCAGCGAAGAUAUUUUGGAUUUGUCCUCAUCUUUAAAAUGGGGGAACAUCAGCCUUCCCACAGGAAGGACUUAAAAACAUCAGUUGUCCCCUUGUUUCUACCUGGUUUCAAAGCAACACGCACACAUACAGUUCCCCUGACAUGUAGUGUCAGGGAUGUGGGCAGGGUGCCCAGGAGAAAAAGGGCGAAAGAAAGUUAUUACCAUCUGUUUUGGAUGUUAAUAUAAAGUACCUUUUUCUCCUUACGGUGUCCAAAAAAACACUUGGGCGCCACUUGUAUCUUCUGAAUUACAAGCUUUGUGAGUGAGGUCUGGGCAUCUAGUGAUUUUGGCAUAUAGCCAGGGUUGACACAACUUACUGACAACGCAAGUGGACAGCCAGUGGGGAAACUUGUUUUACUAAAUGCUUGGAAUCCUGUAAUAAGUUUGUUACUAACGUGUUGAUUCUCAUGCCUCCAAAAAUUAGAGACUGGUGUUGGGCUAUGGGAGCCCUGGUGGCACAGUGGUUAUCAGCUGCUAACCAAAAGGUGGGCAGUUCGAAUCCACCAGCGCUCCUUGGAAACGGAAUGGGCAGUUCUCUUCUGUCCCAUAGGAUCACUAUGAGUCAGAAUCAACUCGAUGGCAGUGGGUUUGGGUUUAGGAUUGGAUUAUAGGGCGCCCUGGUGGUGGAGUGGUUGAAGUGCUCAGCUGCCAACCAAAAGGUCGGCAGUUUAAACCCACCAGCAGCUCUGUAGGAGAAAGAUGUGGUAGUUUGCUUCCGUAAAGAUUACAGCCUUGGAAACCCCAUGGGGCAGUUCUACUCUAUCCUAUAGGGUCACUAUGAGUUGGAAUCAACUCAAUGGCAGCGGAUUUUUUUUUUUUUAAUUGCAUUACACAUGGUUUCUGGGUGGCACAAAUGGUUUGUACUUGGCUAUUAACCUAAAGGUGAGUGGUUCAAAGCCAUCCAGCAGUGCCACAAAAGAAAGGCCUGGCUAUCUGCUUCCAUAAAGAUUACAGCCAAGAAAACCCUAUGGAGCAGUUCUACUCUGUAACACAUGGCAUUACCCUGAGUCAGAGUCAACCCGACAGCAACAGAUAUUGGAUUAUGGGGGGUUGUGCAGAAAGAAAAAUACUAAAACCACUUUUAUUCAGUCUUCAGAAUUGGAGUAGUAUGAGAAGUUCAUCAAAAUAAACACUUAAAAAUUACAGCGCAACCAAAAUUACAUUAUUUCUUGCUGUCUUCCUUUCCUACCCUUCUUUUCUAUCCUCAUCUCUUUGAGCUUCCGGUACUUGGGCAGGUUCAUUUGCCAGUCUGCAAAUACGCUCUCUCAAUAUCUUGUCCAAUACAACCCCCCACCCCCCAAAAAACUAAACCCAUUGCCAUUGAGUCAAUUCUGACUCACAAGGUACAGUAAAUUACAUUGUAGGUUCUAAUAAUACCUUGAAUAUAACACUUUUCAUUUCCUUUUUGUGUUUUGUUUUCAUGGGUGUUAACCAUGAUUGAGAGUUUGCUGAAGGAAGACGUUUGUCUUUCAAAUCUUGUAGGUCAAAUACAUGUGCUGAGAUGUAGUUCUAGAAUUUUUCUUUCAGGUGGUUCAUUCUUCUGAAUUUUAUUUGAAAAUAAUUUCAUGGCUUGAUAUUUUUAAACUACAUAAGUAACACAUACCCAGUAAUAAAAUUUUUUUUCCUCAGAAUGUUAAAAAUCUUUGUGAGUACUAAUUAUCUCUAGAAUCUUAGAGGGUUUCCUUACUGUUGGUAUUCCAAAGUGUCAGCAGGAGAAAUGCCUCAGCAUCGCAUGAUCCCUUUCCUUGUAAAGAUAGCGCAGGAAAUUUUUCCAUCAUUUCUUGCAUUAUUUUAUGUACUGGAUUAUCUCUUAUUCUCAUGUUCUUGAGUUCCUGUUAGAUUGUUGCCCAUACGGAUUCAUCCUCCAUCUCUCUUCUCUCAUGUUUUAAUACCUUUAUCUCUUCUGUAGUUCAGGAGAUUGCCUGAACAUUUAUAUUUUGCAGUCAUUUUAAAUUUCUGAACAUUUUCUAGUUCUCUAAUUGUUCCAUUCCUCAUAGAAGCCUAUUCUUCUUUUGUGUCUACAAUAUUCUCUUGUAUCCUGAGAUACACAGAGGGUAUGUAUGCCUGUUUCUUCCUCAGGCCUCUUUGCGAAAGAGGAGAGCUGUUUCCAUGGGAAGGUUGUGUGGCAAGUGGGCAGCCAGGAUGCACUGUAGAAUGUGUGAGAGGGGGCACAGGCUGGGGACCUCCACCUUUGCCAGUGUAAGGAAGGUUUCAUUCUGUUCCUUAGUCUGCUUAGCCCCUCAACAUGUCCUCCCCGCUCCCUUUUUUUUUUUUUUUUAAAUAUUGCUGACUCAUUUAGAGGUUCAGAGUUAGCUCCUGAUCUGGUCUGCUUCUCUUUCGGGUUCAUUACCCUCAGGAGCCUUUCCAAGGCAUGUCAUCUACUUUUCUUUGACGCAAUUCCCUGGUUCUAUCUAGAAGGCAAAACCACCUGUGCCAGCAUUUUUCUGUGUUGGAGGCGGGGCAGGGUAUAACUAGUACAGCAGUUUCAUAUUCCAGUCUUCAAUCAAUUACCCUGGCAAUUGCUCCUCAGCCUCUCCUGCUGUUUGUAUUUGCUGACUCUGGGCCUGGAGUUUCUUCAAGGCACCCUUGGGAAGAACCAUGUUUACUGUUGGUGGUCCUACAUUUUCUUCCACUCUGAUUUCCCUGGUAAUUCAAACCUGUCUGUUUCUGUCUUCUUGGAGUUCCUCCAAAUUUUUGGCCUUUUCUUGUUUCCAAUGUUAUUGUUUCAUUCUUUUGACAUUUUUUUGAAUUUGUGUACUUUAUUUCUAAAAGAUCUUAGGAAGGAGAGACAGUAAAUGUAUGUCUGACUUCACUGUCUUGAUCUAGAACCAACAUGCUCAGUGACCUAUUGAUUGCAUGCAGUAGAUCAAUUCCCCUUUAAAAAUGAGUUGUUGGAUAAUAAAGGGCAUUUGUACAAAGCCAACAGCCAACAUCACCCUAAAUGGAGAGAGCCUGAAAACUUUCCCAUUGAGAUUGGGAACCAGACAAGGAUGCCCUGUAUCACACUCUUAUUCAACAUUGUGCUGGAAGUCCUAGCCAGAGAAAUUAGGCUAGGUAAAGAAAUAAAGGGCAUCCAGAUUGGCAAGGAAGAAGUCAAAGUAUCUCUAUUUGCAGAUGACAUGAUCUUAAACACAGAAAACCCUAAGGAAUCCUCCAGAAAACUACUGAAACUAAUAGAAGAGUUCAGUAGAGCAUUGGGAUACAAGAUAAACAUACAAAAAUCAUUUGGAUUCCUCUACGCCAACAAAAAGAACAUCGAAGGAGGAAAUCACCAAAUCAAUGCCAUUUACAGUAGCCCCCAAGAAGAUAAAAUACUUAGGAAUAAAUCUUACCGGAGAUGUAAAAGCCUUAUACAAAGAAAACUCCAGUACACUUCUGCAAGAAACCAAAAGAGACUUACAUAAGUGGAAGGACAUACCUUGCUCAUGGAUAGGAAGACUUAACAUUAUAAAAAUGUCUAUUCUGCCAAAAAGUGAUCUAUACAUUUAAUGCAAUUCCGAUGCAAAUCACAAGGACAUUCUUUAAUGAGAUGCAGAAACAAAUCACCUAUUUCAUAUGGAAGGGAAAGAGGCCCCGGAUAAAUAGGGCAUUACUGAAAAAGGAGAACAAGGUGAAAGGCCUUACUUUACCUGAUUUCAGAACGUAUUAUACCACCACAGUAGUCAAAACAGCCAGUACUGGUACAACAACAGAUACAUGGACCGAUGGAACAGAAUUGAGAAUCCAGACAUAAAUCCAUCCACAUAUGAGCAGUUGAUAUUUGACAAAGGCCCCAAAACAGUUAAAUGGGGGAAAGACAGUCUUUUUAACAAAUGGUGCUGACAUAACUGGAUAUCCAUUUGCAAAAAAAUGAAACAAGACCGAUACCUCACUCCAUGGCCAAAAACGAACUCAAAAUGGAUCAAAGACCUAAGUAUAAAAUCUAAAAUGUUAAAGAUCAUGGAAGAAAAAAUAGGGACAAUGUUAGGAGCCCUAAUACAUGGCAUAAACACUAUAGAAAACAUUAUAAAGAACGUAGAAGACAAACUAGAUAACUGGGAGCUCCUAAAAAUCAAACACUUAUGCUCAUCCAAAGACUUCUCCAAAAGAGUAAAAAGACUACCUACAGACUGGGAAAAAGUUUUUAGCUAUGACAUUUCUGAUCAGCGCCUGAUCUCUAAAAUCUACAUGAUACUGCAAAAACUCAAUUGCAAAAAGACAAAUAACCCAACUAAAAAAUGGGCCAAAGAUAUGAAUAGAUGCUUCACUAAAUAAGACAUUCAGGUAGCUAACAGAUACAUGAGGAAAUGUGCACGAUCAUUAGCCAUUAGAGAAAUGCAGAUCAAAACUACAAUGAGAUUUCAUCUCACUCCAACAAGGCUGGCAUUAAUCCAAAAAACACAAAAGAAUAAAUGUUGGAGAGGCUGUGGAGAGAUUGGAACACUUCUGUACUGCUGAUGGGAAUGUCAAAUGGUACAACCACUUUGGAAAUCGAUUUGGUGCUUUCUUGAAAAGUUAGAAAUAGAACUACCAUACGAUCCAGCAAUCCCGCUCCUUGGAAUAUAUCCCAGAGAAGUAAGAGCCUUUACUUGAACAGAUAUAUGCACACCCAUGUUUAUUGCAGCACUGUUUACAAUAGGAAAAAGAUGGAAGCAACCAAGGUGCCCAUCAACGGAUGAAUGGAUAAAUAAAUUAUGGUAUAUUCACACAAUGGAGUACUAAAAACCCUACGCAUAGAUAAAGAACAGUAAGGAAUCUGUGAAACAUUUCAUAACAUGGAGGAACCUGGAAGAGAUUAUGCUGAGUGAAAUUAGUCAGUUGCAAAAGGACAAAUAUUGUAUAAGACCACUAUUAUAAGAACUUGAGAAAUAGUUUAAACUGAGAAGAAAACAUUCUUUUGUGGUUAUGAGAGGGCGGGGAGGGAGAGGGGUAUUCACUAAUUAGAUAGUAGAUAAGAACCACUUUAGGUAAAGGGAAAGAGCACACAAUACAGGGGAGGUCAGCACAACUGGACUAAACCAAAAGCAAAGAAGUUUCGUGAAUAAACUGAAUGCUUCGAAGGCCAGCGUAGCAGGGGCAGGUGCCUGGGGACCAUGGUUUCAGGGGACAUCUAAGUCAAUUGGCAUAAUAAGAUCUAUUAAAACAUUCUGCAUCCCACUUUGUAAAGUGGUGUCUGGGGUCUUAAACGCUAGCAAGCAGCCAUCUAAGAUGCAUCAAUUGGUCUCAACCCACCUAGAUCAAAGGAGAAUGAAGAACACCAAGGACACGAGGCAAUUACGAGCCCAAGAGACAGAAAGGGCCAUAUGAACCAGCAACUACCUCAUCAUGAGACCAAAAGAACUAGAUGGUGCCCAGCUACAACCGAUGACUGCCCUGACAGGGAACACAACAGAGAACCCCUGAGGGAGCAGGAGAGCAGUGGGAUGCAGACCCCAAAUUCUCAUAAGACCAGACUUUUAAUGGUCUGACUGAGACUGGAAGGACCCCGGUGGUCAUGGCUCCCAGACCUUCUUUUGCCCCAGGACAGGAACCAUUCCCAAAGCCAACUCUUCAGACAGGAAUUGGACUGGACAGUGGGUUGGAGAGGGAUGCUGGUGAGGAGUGAGCUUCUUGGAUCAGGUGGACACUUGAGACUGUGUUGGCAUCUCCUGCCUGGAGGGGAGAUGAGAGGGUGGAGGGGGUUAGAAGCUGGCGAAAAGGACACGAAAAUAGAGAGUGGAGGGAAAGAGCAGGCUGUCUCAUUAGGGGGAGAGUAAUUGGGAAUAUGUACCAAGGUGUAUACGGGUUUUUGUGUGAGAGACUGACUUGAUUUGUAAACUUUCACUUAAAGUACAGUAAGAACUGUUUAAAAAUAUAUAUAUCGUUCAUGGGUAGCAGAAACCGUUUGCACUCAACUGCUAAAGACUGGUGUUUUGAACAUACCAGCAGUGCUAUAGAAAGAAGGGCUGGUGAUCUACUUCUGUAAGGAUUACAACGAAGAAAACCCUGUGGAACAGUUCUACUGUAUAACAAAAAGGGUUGCCAUCAAUUAGAAUUGACUCAAUGGCAACAGUUUUGGUUUCUUUUUUUUUUCUCCCCAUAAAAUAUUAUUGCUCUUUAGAUUUUCUUCCCCCCAGCCCUUUAAAAACGUAAAAGCCAUUCUCAGUUCACAGGCGUCACAAACACAGGCAGCAAGCCAGAUUUGACUCACAGGCCAUAGUUUGCAGACUCCUGAUGUGGAGAGAAGAACCUAGUAGUGUCAGUGAAAUACUUCCUUUAGCUUCUACCAUUCCAUUCAUUACUGCAAAAAUGGGCCUUUUUUUUUUUUAUUGUGCUUUAAGUGAAAGUUUACAGUUCAAGUUAGUUUCUCAUACAAAAAUUUAUAUACACAUUGUUAUGUGACCCUAGUUGCUUUCCCUCUAAUGUGACAGCACACUCCUCCUCUCCACCCUGUAUUUCCUGUGUCCACUCAUCCAGCUCCUGCUCCCUUCUGCCUUCUCAUCUUGCCUCCGGACAUGAGCUGCUCACUUAGUCUCAUGUGUCUACUUAAGCUAAGAAGCACACUCCUCACCAGUAUUAUUUUAUGUCUUAUAGUCUAGUCUAAUCUUUGUCUGAAGACUUGGCUUUGGGAAUGGUUUUAGUUUUGGGCUAACAGAGUCCGGGGGCCCUGUCCUCUGGGGUCCCUCCAGUCUCAGUCAGACCAUUAAGUCUUGUCUUUUUACUAGAAUUUGAGUUCUGCAUCCCACUUUUCUCCUGCUCCAUCAGAGACUCUCUACUCUGUUCCAUGUCAGGGCAGGCAUUGGUGAUAGCUGGGUACCACCAUCUAGUUCUUCCAGUCUCAGGCUGAUGGAGUCUCUGGGUUAUGUGGCCCUUUCUGUCUCUUGGGCUAAUAUUUUCCUUAUGUCUUUGGUGUUCUUCAUUCUCCUUUGCUCCAGGCGGGUUGAGACCAAUUGAUGUAUCUUAGAUUGCCACUUGCUAGCUUUUAAGAUGCCAGAUGCCACUCACCAAAGUGGGAUGCAGAACAUUUUCUUAAUAAACUUUGUUAUGCCAGUUGACCUAGAUGUUCCCUGAAACCAUGGUCCCCCAGACCCCUGCCCCUGCUACUCAGUCCCUCGAAGUGUUUGGUUAUAUUCAGGAAACUUCUUAGCUUUUGGUUUAGUCCAGUUGUGCUGACCUCCCCUACAUUGUGUGUUGUCCUUCCCUUCACCUAAGACGGGCCAUUUUCUUGAGUAACCCAGAAAUGCUAGUGAUGGGUACGUGAAGUGACAUAGACCCAUGUGUGUGCAUAGAGUAUCCUCCAGUUUUUUUUAAUUGUGUUUUAGGCGACAAUUCAUAGUGCAAAUUAAUUUUUCAUUCAAAAAUAGUAUCCACAGAUAGCUUUGUGACAUUGUUGCAAUUUCCACAAUGUGUCAGUGCUCUGCCGCUUUCCUCUUCCACCCUGGGUUCUCCAUGUCCAUUGGUCCAGUUUUCCUGUCCCUCCCUGCCUUCUCAACUUUGCUUUUGGGCAGGCAUUGCCCCUUUGGUCUGUUAUACUUGAUUGAACUAAGAAAGAAGCACGUUCCUCACAUGUGUUACUGUUUGUUUUAUCUUUGGCUAAAAGGCAGACUUCUGGAGUGGCUUCAGUUCUGAGUUAGCAGGGUGCUGGGAGGACAUAGUCUCGGGGGUGAAGUAUCCUCCAAUUUGGUUGAUCUUUGUGCAGGUGACGUUUGGCACACAUUUUAUUAAUGUCUUAGUGGGAAGCAAAUUUAGUUUCUGCUUUUUCACAGUUCACUUCAGAGCAUUGUACUAAAAAAGCCUGACUUGUAGAAAUGACUGGCCCACCAGCUAACAAUUGAGCUUAUAUUGUGGAGAGAUGUCUUUUUCCAUAGAAAUAUUUUCUAGAUGAAUUCGGCAUGACUAAAGGUACGACUCAGCUUUGCCUGGAAAACCCUUUGGCAUUCUUGUCGAGUCUGCAACUGCUGCAUCAUAAAGAAAGGUCAUUGGAUUGUCAGGCUGUGUCUAGGUGCUUGUAUUUUUAGACACGUUAGUUCGAGAGUCCUUCCCUUCACUUAAUAUCUCUGUUAAUGUCAUGCGGAUCAUGACACUGCUUUGUACACUUUGUUCUUUGCCAGCGUGUGUGCCUUGAUGGUGGUGACGUUGACAAAUGGAGGGAGGUGGAACUUGACCUCUGUUUAUUCCUGGCACUAAGAAUGAGCUGCUGUGUGUGCCUUUGGCAGGCUCCAUCCCAGCUGUGGUGACUCGGUUGCAGCACUGUGGGAAAUGCUGAUGAGCAGGAGUCCAAGGUUCAGUGUGUUCCAUGGGAAACGGUCCGAGCAGACUUUAUAGUGUUCUCGCCAAGACGCUGAACAGCAGCGCUGCCUCCCAGCACCCAGAGUAUUUGGUACCUCCUGACUCAGAACAUCUGGAACCCAUUGAUCCUAAAGAGCUCCUUGAGGAAUGCAGGGCUGUCCUGCACACUCGACCUCCCCGGUUCCAGAGGGACUUUGUGGAUCUGAGGACAGAUUGCCCCAGUAGCCACCCACCUAUUAGGGUCAUGCAAUGGAAUAUCCUUGCCCAAGCUCUAGGAGAAGGCAAAGACAACUUUGUACAGUGCCCUGUUGAAGCACUCAAGUGGGAAGAAAGGAAAUGUCUCAUCUUAGAAGAAAUCCUAGCCUACCAGCCUGAUAUACUGUGCCUCCAAGAGGUGGACCACUAUUUUGACACCUUCCAACCACUCCUCAGUAGACUGGGCUAUCAGGGCACUUUUUUCCCCAAGCCCUGGUCGCCCUGUCUAGAUGUAGAACACAACAAUGGGCCAGAUGGCUGUGCCUUGUUUUUUCUCCAAAACCGGUUCAAGCUAGUCAACAGUGCCAAUAUUAGGCUGACAGCCAUGACGCUGAAAACCAAUCAGGUGGCCAUUGCACAGACCCUAGAGUGCAAGGAGUCAGGUCGACAGUUCUGCAUCGCUGUCACCCACCUAAAAGCACGCACUGGCUGGGAGCGGUUUCGAUCUGCCCAAGGCUGUGACCUUCUCCAGAACCUGCAGAACAUCACUCAAGGAGCCAAGAUUCCCCUUAUUGUUUGUGGGGACUUCAAUGCAGAACCCACAGAGGAGGUCUACAAACACUUUGCUUCUUCCAGCCUCAACCUGAACAGCGCCUACAAGCUGCUGAGUGCCGAUGGGCAGUCAGAGCCUCCCUAUACUACCUGGAAGAUCCGGACCUCGGGGGAGUGCCGGCACACCCUGGAUUAUAUCUGGUAUUCUAAACGAGCUCUGAGUGUGAGGUCAGCUCUGGAUUUGCUCACUGAAGAACAGAUUGGACCCAACCGACUACCGUCCUUCAAUUACCCUUCAGACCACCUGUCUCUAGUCUGUGACUUCAGCUUUAAUGAGGACCCUGAAGUACUUUUAUAAAUACUUGUCUGUGUCUUUUUAAUCACAAGAGCCUUAACCAGGGAUGUUUCAGGAAACUGAAAUAGGACAAGAAGUUGCCUGAGGAAGGCUUCUUGGCUUCUCUCUCUCUUCAUGUUUCCAGCAUGCCCUUGGGAAGGAACCCCAUUAGUUCACUAACUUUUUUCAAUUAAAACCUACAGCAAAAAAGGUGUUUGCACUCCA